CUCUGCACACAACAAAAAAGUUCUCCAUUUUAGUGACUGAUACUAAGCUGGUUCGAUAUUAUAGUUUAGUUUCACUUUCAUCGUGCAGUCGAAUAGAUCGCAAUGAGUUUGGUUGGCAAAGUCGUAAUUGUAACAGGAGCAAGUUCGGGCAUUGGUGCUACGACGGCGGAGGCUUUUGCUAAACAAGGCUCCAAAGUGGUGCUGGUUGGACGAAAUGAACCCAAUUUGAAGGCAGCUGAAUCGGUUUGUAAAGCAGCGAACAAUAAAGCCGAACUUUUAGCAAUCGUUGCUGAUGUCACAGUGGAUGCGGAACGCAUUAUAAACUCUACAAUUGAUCGCUUCGGACAAUUGGAUGUUUUGGUCAAUAAUGCUGGCAUUUUUGAAGUUGGCAAUAUUUUGGAUAUUGAUGUCGAACAAUUUGAUCGUAUUUUCAAUACAAAUUUACGUGCCGUCUUCCUUUUAACUAAAUUUGCUGCACCACACUUGAUCAAGACCCAGGGUAAUAUCGUGAAUGUCUCUAGCAUCGCUGGUCUGCGUUCGAUACGUGAUGUUUCCAGCUAUUGCGCGUCGAAGGCAGCACUGGAUCAAUUCACUAGAUGUAUCGCUUUAGAUUUGGCGCCGAAAAAAGUCCGUGUAAAUUCGGUUAAUCCUGGUGUUAUUGUGACCGAUAUUCAAAGACGUCGUGGUUUAUCGCCGAAAGAAGUUGACGACUUUUACUUACGUUCUAAGGAAACACAUCCACUUGGUCGUGCCGGUGAAGCAAAGGAAGUGGCCGAUGCUAUUAUUUUCCUUGCUGGUGACAGCUCCAGCUUUAUAACGGGAGCAAAUCUGCCCAUUGACGGUGGUAUAACUGCCGUAUGCACAAUUUAACUGUUUAUUGUAAUGUCUUUUUUUAGUAUUUGCAAAUAAAGGUGAAAUAUACACAACAGCCAUAUAGGCUUGUAA